GGGCAGUGUUGGUAUUUCAAGGCCCCGGCAUAGAAGAUUUCACCGCAAAAUCGGAUCUGGCCGGGAGCAGUAUAAGUUCACACACGUGUUCACAUCCGGAGGAUGGGUUAAGAACGCGAGGUGGUUUAUCAGCACCGGGCACAGGCACAGACUGGCUACCGACAAAACAGCCACAAAGCCGGUGGACUUUUAGGUUAAAGCAGCCACGAUCUUCCACGUUUUGGGGGGGAUUGCCGUUUACGUGGACGCGCCCUUGGAAAGUUUGUGAGAAAGAUUGAAACAAGUGUUUUAAAGAAACUGCUCUGCUGGACUUAACACUGUGGAAACCGCCUCAGGUGACUGGACUUUUUGUUACGAAACACAGCUGUACAGACGUUACAAAACUGUGGAUUCCCGGCGCUUUUGAGGUCGAAAACCGCAACCAAAAUGACACGUGCUUUUGCAAUAAUGCGCCAAGAUCAUCGCUGAAAGUUCUUCUGAAAACUUGCCUGAAAAGUGAGUGGAAAAUUUUACCCGGCUGAAAUGAAGUCACGAAAUAUAACCACAGCUCGCCCAGGAGUUCAUGUUUUCAACAUUAAUGGUUCAAACAACCUGCGAGUGAUAAAGCUUGCGGCUAGCCCAACCGAGCCAUGGGACUAUGACGGAUUUAUGUAUCAGUAAGGCUUGAUCCUUAAAUAUACACCAGUCUCACGCAUUAGGAAGUAGCAUUACCCAGCGUACGUGUACGUAUAAGCCAUAUACCACGCAUCGGAUGCUAAGAAGCAAAUACACGGUGAUCCAGAGCAGCUGAGCGGAUGCAACAGGUAUACACACACACGAAGGUGGGACACCGCUUGUGGAGGGGAGUGUGAGAAAGGAUUGGUCGAGACUGAAGCUGGGCCAGCUGCAAAAACUGACUUCUUUUCACAGAAAUCACACACUUCACCUGGAGCUUUCCAGAGUUGAUUCAGUUACCAGUACUUGAAGCUGGGGGGUCUUUGGGCUAGUGUCACUGUCGUCUACCCGUCUACCGUAUACCGAGUACCGUUGUACUGGAAACUUCUUGUCUUAGUGCUUAAUAAGCUUGCGUGUAAGUAUAGGUUCCUACCUCACUUCACAUCCAUUCUGCCCCGAUGUCGUCGGCAGGAUUCGAGCGCAAGCAAGAAAUGUCCCCAGCUGCAUCAGGAGGAGCCAAGGAGGACGCCGAGUGCGCAGGCUGCUCCCGCGAGUCGACGGACCGCGAAAUGACCGGUAGCGCAACUCUCUGUCGGCGGUCGCCGGCGGUAGGCCGCGGUUUACCGCGGUUGAUUCUACAGUGGAUUGUUUUACUGUCGCACAUGUAUUCUACGGAAGCCUUGUCAGAGUUACGCCAUCAGCUGACGGACACAAGCGUAAACACGACGUCUGAAGGCAGCGGUUCUCAAUGGACUGAGUACGGGUCGUGGACCGCUUGCAGCAGCAGCUGUGGUUACGGUAUACAGUAUCAAAACAGGACUUGUUCGAAUCUGAGAAAUGGAUUUAUCGACGCGAGAUUUUGCGUUGGUUCCGACAGGCGGUACAGAAUCUGUAAAACGGACGUUGCACAGCCUUGUCAAAGUUACAUGGGAUUCCGUGCCCAGAUGUGCUCAGAAUACACAGAGUUCGGAGUUCAGUGGAAGCCCUACUUGAGUCCUUCAGUGGGCCCUUGCCAAGUGUCUUGCUAUGCCACCGACGAAACCAGACCAGUCUUCCGAAUUCUGGACCAGUGGCUGCCGAACGGUACGCCAUGUGCCAGCUACAGCGGUUGUGAUUGGUGGAAUCGGGCCGGCCGAUCGCAGGGGAUUUGCCUGCAGGGUCAAUGCUCGGAUGUUGGUUGUGACGGAAUCGUUAACUCCACCAAGGUUCUGGACGCAUGCGGCGUUUGUGGUGGGGACCGGGCAGGUUGUCGUGUCGUCUCCGGCAAAUUCUCAGAGAUUCAACAAGAUGUUUACACAGAGGUGGUCGAGAUUCCAGCAGGUGCCUUCAACAUUAGGGUCUACGAAAUGGAGAAAACCAGAAAUCACUUGGCCAUCAAGGAUGAGACAGGAACACCAGUCUUAAACAGCAUAUUUGAAAUCAGUAGCCCAGGUCGUUACGAGGUGGCCGGCACCACAGCGAUCUACAAACGCUGCGGCAUCAGUCGAUACAGUCCUGGUCACUAUGAAGAAAUCAGCAUACCGGGAACUACAAGUGCCAAGAUUAUCAUUUUGAUGGUGUAUACACGAAAAUAUUCACAGGCCAACAUCGCUUACCGAUACAGUCUUUCAUUGCCAAGCCCAAAAACACUUUCCACAUCUGCAACGCUUACAACAGCUACCACUUCGGAAAUACCAGACGUCAUCACAGACUUGGGUACUACGUUAAGGCAUGAUGGGGAAGAUUCAACCGGUUCCCCGCGUGUGGGAACAGGGAACCAGGAUAUGCACAAUGUAGUGGCUGUCAAGACGCUGUCGUACAGGGACGAUGAAGUACAAGGUACCGAUGAAGUGCAGGGUUCCGACGAACAACUGCCGUCGUUCCCCCAGGAGGAUAGCACCGUCGCCAAUUCAGGCCGCAGUGCAACUCCAACAGCACAGCAGAACACAUCCGCAGAGUUUAAAGAACCUACGAUUGUGGGGAAGACGGAAAGUUAUCUUGAAAUUCAAAACGUAUCCCAGGAGUUUCAGCAAACGGUCGAUCGGACAGUCUCAGGAGAAUCGCAUGUGAACUUCCUCCCCUGGAGCCAAAAUUCAAGUCUGCAUCAGGGGAAGCCUUCGGUGCUGGAUAAUCCCGUCGGUGUGUUUUCAGAAACUCAGGAAAGAGUUCUAUGGGAAUUGGACGGUGAUCCUGAGAGGGAGGAAGAUAUUUUACCAGUAUUAGAAACAUCUGGAUAUCUUGACGAUAAUCAAGGUGAAACAACCCUUGAGCCCACAUCAGGAUACCCCAGUAGCAACAGCCGUCUUCCCGAGAAUAGCAGUCAAGUUAUUUCAGACACUGCUGAAUCGCAUUUUCCCCUGGAAUCAGAAGAGCAAGCUAGUUCAACCGUGGCAAGCACUAGCCCGAGCUCUUCCCCUACCAGCGGGCAAAUGCGCUCUUUCGAAAACGACCUUUUUGGGGAUGAUGAUCUCCUGUACAUAACUCAACAAGAUUCACGGACGUCUGAGCCACCGUCUGUGGCCACGAGUAUACCCCCGACCCAAACUGGGAGAACAGUCACAGCAGAAGAGCCAGAGGACUCUCAGGAUUUUCCAUGGAAAUAUGUUCCUGGUAUCCCGGACUCUUCGGAGCUUCUGUUUGGGGAGGUGCCACAGAUUAUGGAACUGAUCAACCCUUCCAUGGAGAGCCAGGAACCGGCUCUGCAGCCGUCAGCGGCUGCAUCUACGGCUGCCAUCGUAUCCAGAGGGGAUAUCCCUGAAGAGGAACGGACGGUCAAGCAGCGAUACUUGUGGGCUCGGACUGGGGUGGCUCCAUGCAGUGCCACUUGCACAAGAGGAAUGAGUCGUACUUACGCCUACUGCACACUCAACGGAGAGCAAGUUCCUGAUAACUUAUGCGACCCAGCGUCCAAGCCCGAAGUUGUAGAAAGGGAAUGUGGCGGAAAAACGUGCGAAACAAGAUGGGCAGUGGGAAGUUGGAGUCAAUGCACGGUGUCCUGCGGUACGGGAGCCGUCUACCGCACCGUCCACUGCUGGUUGAUGAUAGCACCAGGGCUGGAUACCAGUAUCAGCAACUCAUAUUGCAGCCAGUCUAACGUUCCGGAAAGUGUGCGUCCCUGUACUCUGAGUCCCUGCGGCCCACAGUGGCAAACAUCUGAUUGGUCCGAGUGCUCCGUGCAGUGUGGUGAGGGUGCGCAGACGAGAGAGGUGCGUUGUUCAGUAGAGGGAGCCACAUGCAACCCAAGCAUCAAGCCUGCGGCAACUAAACGCUGCUUGCUUCAGGCGUGCCCAAGUCAGUGGACGACAUCGCAGUGGACCCAAUGUCAAGGCCCAUGCACCGUUCAGAAUCGUCGAGUCGAUUGCGUCAAUCCGAGAGGAAUUAUCGUAACGGACAAGAAUUGCGCAGCAGACAGCAAACCGUUAUCCCACAGACUGUGCGGGGAAGCCUGCCCCGCUCAGUGGGUGGCUCAGGGCUAUGGACCAUGUCUUGGGGAGUGUGGAUCCACCACUCGUCAGCGACGAGUGGUCUGCGCGGCCACCAGCGCCGUCAGCGGGCACAUGCAGGUGCUGGUGGACUCGGUCUGCAGCGCGUCUCCGAAACCCAGCAGCGAGAUGAGCUGUGAGCUUGUCAGCUGCCAACAGCAGCGGCGAGUGACGCGGCGACGACGGCAGACACCGCAGUGGUUGACAACUCCGUGGUCUGUGUGCUCUGUGACGUGCGGAACCGGCCAGCGUACUAGAGAGAUCACCUGUAAUCGCAGACGGAACCAGCCUCGAAUGGAAUGCAACGAGAGCAAGAAACCAAUCGGCACCGAGUCCUGUGCCAUGGGCGAAUGCCCGGCUGUCAAUCCUACCUGUUCAGAUAGUCCCGCAGCCGACUGCAACCUGAUUCGUCGAGCCAACCUCUGUCGCUAUGACAGCUACAAAAGAUCCUGCUGUCUAUCCUGCAGUUCCUGAAGAAAACCGACACAUUUUUCGCAAGUAUUGUAAAAAAAAAAAACCAAUAACUAUAAUUUUUAUCCAACUGACUUAAAUUUAAUUAUGAUCGUAAGUGGUAUUUAUGUAGUGUCUGAAACAGUAGUUAAAAUUUUGUGAAUGUUGACUUAUAGAGAUUUAGAGAUGUAUAUACAGGGUGAGUAAAAAAAAA